GACCGGCGCAUGCGCCGAAGACGGAAAGGGACCCCCACCCCCUCCCCGUCGGCUGCUUUGCUUCGCGUCUUGUGUGGCGACGAGAGCAGCGGCGGCCAUGAGCGGAUUCGGCGCUGGGGCGGCCUCGCUCCCGAGCAGCGGCAGCGAAACGCUGGAGAAGAUCGACAUGUCUCUAGAUGAUAUAAUUAAGUUGAAUAAGAAAGAAGAGAGGAAGCAGUAUUCCCCCAAGAUGAAGAGGGGAGUUCAACAGAACGGCACACGACAGUUCAGGAUGAGGAGAAUGAAGUGGGGGAUUCAAGAAUACCCAGGUUUUGGCAAGAACCACUUAGGACGUCGAAAGCAGGUGUCGGGAAAGAGGCGCACCUACAGCACGAAGACGGGCUUGGCCGCGAGGAAAGCCAUGGGAGCUCGCAAAGGCAUCAGCCCCCUCAACAGAUCACCUCUCAGCGAAAAGAACAUGCAAUGGAACUACUCGGUUUUGAAAAGGAGGACACCCGCCCAGAGGCAGUCCGAAUUGCAGAGAAAACAAGGGGCUCGUCUCCGAAGGCCAGCCUUGUUAAAUCGAAGGCCUAGCAUACAGUCGCUGUCUGCCCGAAUUGGGAAUAAGUUAUACCAGCAGAAAGAUACACGCCAAGCAACGUUCCUCUUUCGGCGGGGCUUGAAGGUGCAAGCACAAGUACAUCCAGAGGAUGACCUCAGCAGCCAGGCAGCCAAGAGAACUCAUCCAUGGCGAACGUCCACCAGAAAUGGAGGAAUUUUGACCAUAUCCAUUGACAAUCCCGGUGCUGUUCCCUCUCCAAUCUCUUUGAAGCCGAGACUAGCCAGCACCCCUAUACCUCCCUUUCUCAUGAAGAAGGAGCAGUCAGAAGAGAAGAAGAUUCCCAAGGGCGUCCCUCUGCAGUUUGAUAUUAACAGUGUUGGAAAGCAGACAAGCAUGACCCUCAAUGAGCGCUUUGGGAUCCUGAAGGAACAAAGGACAGCUCUCGCUCAGAAUAAGGGCAGCCGUUUUGUGACAGUGGCCUAGGAGGAGGCCCUAUCUGAGAGGGGUCCUCUUUCUAAGGAGUGGACAGACUGUGGUCCGGAAGUCAUGGGAGAUGCUGGACUUCUAUGUCGAGGUGCCGAUGGAGCUGAAUCCCUCCCUCCCUCAUUUACCGCUCUUACUUUAAAUAGUUAGAAGAGAACCCAACCCUCUUAUGAUAUAACAAGAAAACGCUUGGUAAAUAGAGUCACAUUGCCUGGAUGUGGGAAGAUCCAAUUAGCCCCAGCAAGAAGGGAGAAAGCAUAUUUACUUUUUAUUGUUCUUGUGGUUGUUUUUGAAGCUACCAAUAGGUGUUGAUGCUCCACCCAGCACGGCAAAGUUGAAAAACUGUACAAUUACCCUCCAGCCAGAGUUAGCUUUAGUCUUGGGCACAGACCUUCCAGGGGAGAGCAGCCCUUCCUCCCCUCUUGCAGCUUUUCAAGCUGUUUCCACUGGAAGGUCUCCGUGCGUCCCAUUUUCCUCCAGCUCACCCAAAGGCUGGAAGCAAGAGUGACCUGGGGACUGUGGGGGUGGGAUAACUGCCCCGCCCCGCCAAGAUGGUGCGAUGGCAAUCGGGGAUCAAAACCGAGGCCAGCCAGAACCCGGUCCGUACGCUCGCGAAACAAAUGUGUGGGUGUCUACCUGGUAAAACGUUCAACCAACUUGAGUUAAAUUUUGUACUUUGAUAACAGAGCAAGCUGCUGGUUUGCUUCAGUUCGUCAUCAGCCUAAAUUAGUCUUGGAUCAUUUAACAUUGCCCAAUGAGUUUUGAUGAUUGUUGCUUUGUUGUGUAGUGAAAAUGUGCACUUUGUGACUCCUAUACUUAGCAGUAGUUCCAGCAAGUGAGCUUUGUGGGAAUCAAGGGAUUUUCCUGUUGUAUCAAGGGAUCAAAAGUUGUGGAGUCAACAUCCCAGCAUACACCCAACCUCUUUGCAUGUUUGAUUUUUACUUCAAAUGAGGUAAUACUUGGAACCCUGACAUGAAUAAUGGAACUGCCUGCAUAACAUCCUGGGUUUCUGGACUUAAAAUAUUCACAAGAGGGUACUGAUUGCUUGGCCUCGUCCCAGAAGCCUGAUACGUGUAACUCUGUUUAUGAAGUCUCCAGUUUGUUGUGGAGUCCAAAGCAAAGAACUUUUGGGCAGUCCUUAGACCAGUUUUUAAAUAGUCAUGUGCCCAUGAUGACUAAUGUUCUUCUUCUUCUGAUUUUUUUUGAGCUACCUUCUAUAUCAUUACAAUGGGAAAGGUUUGGGACAUUUUUUUAAACUUCAGUGCUAAAAAUUGUGUUGAAGUCUGUUAAAACUGAAGUAGACCAGCCUUCCUUUAACCUGGUGUCCUCCAGAUGUGUUGGACAAUGUCAUGGACAUUAUAGGAGUCAAAGUCUAACCCAUCUUGCGAGCCCCAGAUUGGAGAAGACUGAAAUAGACUGUAUGCUGAGAAUCAUCCUGUGUUUGGUUUGUGCCGGGAUGCCGUUAAAACAAACAAACCUUUUGCAUCAACAUGGAUGCAAAACAUUGAUGCAAUGCAUCUCAAGGAAGCCAGUUUGUACUUAAGGAGAAUAUACUUUAAACUGUACCUUUGGGUAUUUUUUUUGAGAAGUUAAUACAUUUGGAUCUAUUCUAAAGCUGUUGGACUUUUUAAAAAUAAAGAAGUUACAAGUU